AUGAGGCGCGUUGUGCCAUUCAACAAAUACAUGUUAUCGUUGACUCCCUUAGACCGGUUGGCAGGCCGCACGGUGAAUCGUACGGCGGAGGCUUAUGUUGCUUUUGCAAUUCGUCUGUGCAGUACACAGCAGCCGCCCCCAACUACAGGUACACUGGAGGACCUUCACAGGUCCGCGGUCGAAUUUUUUGGGCGUGGUGACUUCAUUAAUGCAAUUAAGCAGUGGGAAGCUAUGAUGGAUUCCCUGGGUACAGCUGAUAGUAGCAGCAAUAGCAGUAACAAUGUGUUAAUGAGCUGCUUGAAUAACUUGGCCUGUGCCUAUGGGGAGAUUGGGCACCAUGCCAAAAAACUUCAGUUGCUUGAGCGCUCACACGACAUGGUGAAAGGGGUCUAUGGGGAAGACCACCCACAAUACGGCUUGGUUCUGUACAAUAUGGCUUCUGUGUACGAAGAGAUGGGCCGGUACACAGAGAUGGAGGAACUCCUGCUCAAAUCAGUUGCUAUUUAUGAGCGGAAGUUCCACACAAAGCAUCCCAAAGUGGGGCGUGUGUUGUUGCUUCUUGCUGAAGCAAGUGGUCAUUUAGGAAAAUAUGAGGCUCAGCUUCAAGUGGCCGAGAGAGCCUUUGAGAUUGUGCGCCGUCACUGUGGACCAGAGCAUGUACAAACCACUAUUGCUCUGCUAACCCUUUCCAGGGCACAUGGGGCAAAUGGUAGUUACGCCAAGCAGUUACAACUUGCGCAGCAGGCCUAUGAAAUUCAAGAAAGGAAGCUGGGUGCAAUGAACCCGCAGAUAGCUUUGACGCUUAUGGAAUUAGCACUUGCCCAUGGGGCAAACGGAGAUCACUUUCAUCAAAAAGUGCUUCUGGAGAAAGCCAUUGAGGUACAAAAGCGUGCUUUUGGUAACCAACACACGCACCUUGUCUCGACCUAUACAGCCUUGGGUGAUGCAUACGGCAAAUUAGAUGAGCGACAGAACCAAGCUGCAUCCUAUUGUGAAGCUCUUAACAUUGCACGGAAACGCUACCGAGGGAAGCAUCUCAUUAUUGGCAAUGCCGCUAACAAAUGUGCGUGGGGUUAUCUACGCAUUGGGAAGGUGGAAGAGGCUAAGGUAUUGGCAGAAGAAGCGCGUAUUAUUAUUCAGGGGACAGUCUCUGGGCAACACCCUGCGGCAGUGGAGCUGUGUGCAACGCUUGAAGAAUUGAAAAAGGUGCUCCGUGAAAAGGGGGAAUAA